AUGGCGUCAGGAGCUGCGGCGGCCCCUGGCGUUCAGACCGUGGUGCUGAAGGUGGCCAUCCACUGCCAUGGCUGCAAGAAGAAGGUCCGGAAGGUGCUCAGGAGCAUCGAAGGCGUGCAGAACGUGACGGUGGACGCCUCGCAGCACAAGGUGACUGUGGUUGGCACCGUGGACGCCGACACGCUCAUCCAGAAGCUGUACAAGUCCGGCAAGAAGGGAGAGCCCUGGCAGUGCCACCCGCCCGCCAAAAAGACCGAGGCCGCGCCGGAGGCCCCGCCGGCUCCGAAGCCUGCCGGUGACGGCGGCAAGGACGCUGCUCCUGCUGCGGCCGCGGCGGACAAGAAGCCGGAGGAGGCGGUGAAGCCGGUGAAGGAGCCGCAGGGCGAGAGCUCCGAGGAGAAGAAGAAGAAGCCGGAGCAGGAGAGCGGGGCCGAAGAGAAGAAGCCCGAAGCAGAGUCAAAGGAGGCGGAGAAGAAGAAGAAGCCGGAGCAGGAGGGCGGGGCCGUAGAGAAGAAGCCCGAAGCAGAGUCAAAGAAUGAGGAGAAAGUGGAGGCGAAGAAGGACGGCGGUGACAGCAAGGGAGCUGAGACGAAGGCCAAGGCCGCAGCAGAGCCGGCAAAGGAAGCCGCCGCCGCCGUACCCGCCGCCGCUGCCAAUGACAAGGACGAGGCAAAGAAGAGCGACAAGCCCAAGGACGCCGGUAAGGCCGAGCCUGCCGCCGUGACGACGGAGAGGUCCCUGCCUGCGCCGCCGGCGCCGGCGCCAAAGCACGCGUACGAGCAGGAGUACCGCCACCCCUACUACGCCCCGCAGCCGGUGGUGAGCUACCACGCGUCGCACCCGAGCUCGAGCGUGUCGUACACGUACUCCAUGCAACAGGCACACCCGGCGUACUCCAUGCAACAGGCACACCCGCAUCAAGCGUACUACUCCGUGCACCAGCCACAGCCGGCGUACUCGUACUCCGCGCAGCAACCGCAGCCGCAGCCGGAAAAGCAGUGGUCGCCGUCGUACCUGUACAUGCCGUACCCGCACUCGGAGCCGGCGGAGCCUUACUACCAGCAGCAGGACCACUACAGCCCGCCCGGGAUGCACGCGUCGCCGAUGCACGACUCGUACCGCAUCUUCGACGACGAGAACCCCAACGCCUGCAGCAUCAUGUGA